UUUUUUUAUGUAACAAUCGGGGCAUCUAUGAGGAAAAGCCGUUCACUACAUUGCCAGGGACCGCGGCAGCUAUCGAAAUGUAUAAACACGGUCACAGAAGAAAAGCCAGGUUCACAUAGCAUUUCACAAAACGAUUCAAUGCUGUCAUGGCGCUGAAACCGCAGGCGGAGGAGAAAAGCGCUUUCUUCAUCAGCGCUGAGGAGGAGGAGGAGGGCCACCAUGAACUUAUACUACAGAAAGGUAACGCUUUGGCAUCUGAGGACUGUCUCAAAGAGGCCAUCGACUGGUUUUCAGCCGCGAUGCGCUACGGCCCGGUUCGUCCCGAGCAGUUAAGCACUUUUGUGGAUUGUAUCCUCCGUAACUUCAAGAGGAAAACCCCUGGGCCAGAGUCCUCAGCGGGCCGAAGUCCGGACCGAGCUGAAGAUCCUGGGGACUCCUCGGUGUUCGACUGCCCCAACUGCCGCGGCUUUCUGGGCGAACCUGUGACCGUCGCCUGCGGACACUCGUACUGCAAAAGGUGUUUACAGAGGCGACUCGUCUCCAAGUGUAAACUCUGCGACGAGCCCGUUGGGGGCGAGGAGAAAGCCAACGUAGCUCUCUGUGGACUUUUAGAAAAAUGGUUCCCCGACGAGCUGAAAAAGUUGAAAACGUUACAAGAAGUGGAGACGUCGUGCGAAAGGAAACGCUACAACGAAGCCGUGUCGCUAGCGAGUGGUGCUCUCCGCUCAGAUCCACACAUGACUUUGGUUCGUCUCUCCCGAGCAGAAGCGUAUGCAGCCCUCAAGCAGUACCAGCUGGCUUUGGAGGAUGCUGAAUUCUGUUCCAGGUCCAGCUAUUCUGCUGAAGCGCUGUUCAGGAAAGCCGUGGUGCUGUAUGAGAUGGGACAGGUAGACGAGUCUCUCCAAGUCUUCCUCCACUGCCUGACUAUCGACGAGAACUUCCCAGAUGCUAAAAGAGAAGUGGAAAAGAUCUUGUGUGACCUCCUCUCACCUGCUGAUGAGAAUGUUAAGGUGGGCCUGAGAGAAACCACUCAGAGCACGCUGCCCCACCUGCGCAGUAAACAUUUAAUAAACGAUGCCCCAGCUCAGCCGCAGACCCUCCCACAGAGGCAACCACAGCAACACCAGGUCCGUGGAGCAUCUGCACACCAAGUGGACAGCCAGGAGAAACGAUGUGAAAGCCUGGAGCGGCCCGGCCUGAGCCGAGCCCAGUCGCUGCGAAUGCACGGCUCUAACAGCAGUGAAGAGGGGCUAAAGAGGGUGAGCUCAGCUCCCCAGCUGGGCGACCAGGACAAGGGAAGUCUGCUGAAGAGGAAGCUGUCUGUGUCAGACAUUGAAUCGUAUGUGGUGGACAGUGGAAGUAGCAAACAUAAGAAACAAGGUGUUUCAAAAGGCUCCAAGCAUAAAUCAGCCAAAGCAAAAACCUGCAGAAGUGUUCCUAAGGAUCUUCUGGAUGCCAAUGACCUUGAAUGCUCCCUCUGCAUGAGGUUGUUCUACGAGCCGGUGACGACUCCAUGCGGCCACACUUUCUGUAAAAACUGUUUGGAGCGCUGCUUGGACCACACUCCCCAGUGUCCGCUCUGCAAAGAGAGUCUAGGAGAGUUUCUAGCAUGCAGGAAAUACGUGGUGACGGCCAUCUUGGACGUGCUUAUUAAACAGCUUUUCAGUAAGGAGUAUGAAGAGAGGACAAAAACACACCUGGAGGAGAACAGAGAGCUGUCAGACCUGACGAAGAAUGUGCCUAUCUUUGUCUGUACCAUGGCGUACCCCACUGUGCCUUGUCCCCUCCACGUCUUUGAGCCGCGUUAUCGCCUCAUGAUCCGCCGCUGUAUGGAUACAGGCACUCGGCAGUUUGGGAUGUGCAUUAGUGAUCCUCAGAAAGGGUUUGCAGAUUAUGGCUGCAUGCUGAUUGUCAGGAGCGUCCAUUUCCUCCCCGACGGUCGUUCUGUGGUCGAUACCAUUGGAGGAAAACGCUUCCGGGUUCUUUCUAGAGGAAUGAAGGAUGGUUACAACACGGCAGACAUCGAGUAUCUGGAGGACACCAGGGUGAACAACAUGGAAGAACUUGAAAAAUUACAAGAGCUCCACGAUGCAGUUUAUGAACAGGCCCAGGUCUGGUUCCAAAACCUAAAGAUCCGCUUCCACAACCAGAUCCUGCAGCACUUUGGACCAAUGCCAGAGCGGGAACCAGACAUCCAGGCAACUCCAAAUGGUCCUGCUUGCUGCUGGUGGCUGUUGGCCGUUCUGCCCAUCGACCCUCGGUACCAGCUCUCUGUCCUCUCUAUGACCAGCCUCAAAGAUCGCCUAGUGAAGAUCCAGCACAUCCUCACAUAUCUGCAGAGCAUCCCCAACAAUUAAGAGCUUCCCCACCUCAUGUCGGGGAACAUUCUCAAUCAUCCAGGACAUAGGAACUCCAAAAAAGGUUUAAAUGAAAAAAUAAAUAAAUAAAUAAAAAUAGUGGACUUCAGGUUGUUGCUAUUGUAGUUUUUAUUUUUUUUAACUACAGAAACUGAAGUCCUUUUUUUUAAGAAACCUUUUUUUGAGUUCUCCACAACAAACAUCUGGACUUAAAAUGUAACAUUUAGGCAAACAUUCAUCAGCAUCUCAACAAUCUACAUCCUCAACUACCAGCUGGCUUCAUUGUUUUUCUUUUUACAGCACAACACCCCUCAUUUACUAUUCUGUAAUAAAAUCAUAAAGGUUCUGUGAGAAACCCUCAGUGUCCAUCAAUAAAAACAGACAUAUGGCCAAACCACCUCAGGGAUGCACUUUUUGCUAUGAAAAAAAAAGUAAAAAAAAAAAA